UCGCGCCACAACGCGAACUAGAAGUGGUAGAACUCUUAUUUAACAUGGUCGACGAGCCGGCCAGUGCUCAGUCGACCGCCGAGAGUAUAUUAGACUUAUUCACAUUCUCUCUCUCUUUCUCUUUCUCUCGAUAUCCCUCAUCGUCGAUAUCUUUUCAAGCUUCAAGGAGAAAGUAGUCAAAGAGAGAAGGUUACUCAGUGAUCAAUAAAAUAAAUCAAUUCGAUGGUGUGUCAAUUAAAAAGAUUUUCUUCCAAAGCAGCAUGAUGAUCGUCUGGACGAUAUCUCUUGGACUUCUUCUUUUGAUCAAAUUCUCUGAUGGAUCUCAAGACUUCAGUUACGAUGGAAAUCAUGGUCCGUCACACUGGCCCAUCGAUUAUCAGUCCUGUGUUGGGAAACAUCAAUCACCCAUUAACAUAGAGGAACACAAUGUAAAAAACAUCAACCUACCUCCAUUACGUUUUGAAAAAUUGGACGUCCCACGUUCCUCCUUCAUAACGAACAACGGACAUACAGUGAUGAUCAAGACGAACGAGUCAGAAGCAGCUGUCGUUUCCGGUGGACCUCUUCGUGAUAAUUACAUUUUCGAACAACUUCACUUUCAUUGGGGUGAGAAUGAUUCUGAAGGGUCCGAAGAUUACAUCAAUAAUCAUUCGUUCGCUAUGGAACUCCAUGCUGUCUUCUAUAAACAGAGUUAUAAGUCGAUGACCGAGGCGGUCAACCAUCCGGAUGGACUUGCCGUCUUUGCAUAUUUCUACGAGGCAGCCGAUAAAGAGAAUCCAACUUACAAGCCUAUAGUUGAAGUAUUACCCAAAGUAGAAACAGUUGGUAGUAAGCAUGAAUUAAAGGAGCCAUUAUUAUUGGAACAUUUAUUAAUACCGAAUAUGUCAACCAUGCAAAAUUAUUUUACGUAUAAUGGCUCUUUGACAACUCCACCUUGUUCAGAAGUCGUUACGUGGGUCGAUUUUAAAAAUCCUCAAUUAUUAUCGCAUGAUCAGUUGGCUGCGUUUCGUAACCUUCGUACAUCCGAUGGUAACAAACUAACGCAUAAUUUCCGACCGGUACAACCUUUAUCCGAUCGAUUGGUUUAUCAUAACGUUUUUAACAUAGACAACGAUGUACCACUAGAAAAUAAUUUAAACAACAAUGAAGAUGCAGGAGAUAAAUACAACGGUGCACUUUCGAUACGUAACAGCGCUACUAUGUCGAUUCUCUUUGUUGUUUCAACAGUUUUAGUAACUAUCUAAAGAUAAACAAAUAUAUAUGUCUAGUCAAGCGUAUAAUAAUCGCACUUCUUCGGUUUUACAGAGAAGAUUAUUUUAUAGAAUUAUAAUUAUAUAAAUUAUUUUAUUCGGAUGAUUAUCUCUCGUUGUCAUUGAAAUGCAAUGUGUGAUUUUUGAUAUUUGUUCUAAUAAUUCUGACGGUAUAUAUAUAUACAUAUUUUUUUUAUAACUUAAACGUUUAUCUAUGCAAUCAAUUGUGCACGCGAUAUGUAUGCUUUUAUGUUUUCAUCAUUUUUAUACACAGCAUCCAUAUUUUGCGGCAAUUACAUUUAUAAAAUAAAAUAAAAUUGCUUCUUUUUAA